AUGGCCAACAGUCUCCCAACAGAAUUUGAUGUGAUAGUGAUGGGGACAGGUCUGCCUGAAUCCAUCCUUGCUGCUGCAUGUUCCAGAAGUGGUCAAAGGGUUCUGCAUCUCGAUUCAAGAAGUUACUAUGGGGGAAACUGGGCUAGUUUCAGCUUUCCAGGAUUGCUGUCCUGGUUGAAGGAACAUCGGCAAAACAGUGACACUGUGGAAGAAAGCCCUGCUGCAUGGCAAGACAUGAUCCAUGAAACAGAAGAAGCCAUCCCUCUUCGCAAGAAGGAUGAAACCAUUCAACACGCCGAAGUUUUUUGUUAUGCCAGUCAGGGCAUGGAUGGCAAUAUUGAAGAGCUUGAUGCUCUGCAGAAAAAUCCUUCUUGUGUAGCAUCUAGUACCCUCAUAAAACCUCUGGAUUCUACAAGCUUGUCUGAGGAAACACACUCAUCACACAUUACUAGCUAUGAAGUGCCUACACAAGACACUCCAAAAAACAAUGAAGAAAUAACUGAUAUGGCAGAAACGUCUGUGAAAGAAGAAUAUUGUGGGUAUGAUACUUACAAACACACACUUUCAGAUGGCACUAAAGAUGAAAUCAAACCUGUAUUGGAAGACAACAGUGUGCCACCAAAGAGAAAGAGGAUUGCUUACUCUCAAAUAGUUAAAGAAGGCAGGAGGUUUAAUAUUGAUCUGUCAUCGAAGCUGCUUUAUUCUCAAGGACUGUUAAUUGAUCUGUUAAUCAAAUCAAAUGUUAGUCGUUACGCUGAAUUUAAAAAUGUCACUAGGAUUCUUGCAUUUCGAGAAGGAAAAGUAGAGCAGGUGCCUUGUUCCAGAGCAGAUGUCUUUAAUAGCAAAGAGCUCACUAUGGUUGAAAAGAGGAUGCUAAUGAAAUUUCUUACAUUUUGUUUAGAUUAUGAACAACAUCCUGAGGAAUACCAAGCUUUCACACAAUGCUCAUUUUCAGAGUACUUGAAAACCAAAAAAUUAACCCCCAGCCUCCAACAUUUUAUACUUCACUCAAUUGCCAUGAUGUCAGAAUCAUCUUGCACUACAGUAGAUGGCCUUAAAGCAACAAAAAACUUUCUUCAGUGUCUUGGACGGUUUGGCAACACUCCCUUUUUAUUUCCCUUAUAUGGCCAAGGCGAAAUUCCCCAGUGUUUCUGCAGGAUGUGUGCAGUUUUCGGUGGAAUAUAUUGUCUUCGCCAUAAAGUACAAUGCCUUGUAGUUGACAGAGAAUCUGGAAGAUGUAAAGCAAUUAUAGAUCACCUUGGUCAAAGGAUAAAUGCUAAAUAUUUCAUUGUGGAGGAUAGUUACCUGUCUGAGGAAACAUGUUCCAGUGUGCAGUACAAGCAGAUAUCCAGGGCAGUGCUCAUUACAGAUCAGUCUGUCCUAAAGACAGACUCAGAUCAGCAGAUUUCCAUUUUGAUAGUACCUCCAGUGGAACCAGGAGCACAUGCUGUCCGAAUCAUUGAAUUAUGUUCUUCAACCAUGACAUGCAUGAAAGACACCUACCUGGUACAUCUGACCUGUUCAUCUUCCAAAACAGCAAGAGAAGACUUAGAAUCAGUGGUGAAGAAAUUAUUCACCCCGUAUUCUGAGACAGAAGUAGACAAGGAAGAACUUCCAAAGCCAGGACUCUUGUGGGCUCUUUAUUUUAACAUGAGAGAUUCCUCGGGAGUUAGCCGAAGCUCAUAUAAUGGCUUGCCUCCCAACGUUUAUGUCUGCACUGGGCCUGACUGUGGACUCGGAAGUGAGCAUGCCGUCAAGCAAGCUGAAACACUCUUCCACGAGAUCUUUCCAAGUGAAGAAUUCUGUCCCCCACCUCCAAAUCCGGAAGACAUUUUCUUUGACGGUGAUGAAAAGCCAUCAGAGCCUCUUGGAACCAGUAAUAUAGUAAUGGCCAAACUAGAAUCCUCUGAGGGAAGCAAAAACCUAGAAAGUUCAGGGAAGCACCUUCAAAAUUAG